AUUAAUUUAACCAUCAAUUUAUUAAUUAUCAAAAGGUAAAUUUAGAAAAAAUAAUUCAACUUGGAAAAUAAUUUCAAGUUAAAAACUGAAAAGGUGUCUUUUGACAUAUUUGGUAGUUUGGCUUUGGCUUUGGCAGCAAGUGGUAGAGCCUACGUCCAUGGGUAGGUAGGUAGCCAAGCAUCAAACACGCGACACUUGAUUGCCAUUGAGCAGCGGCACAAUCUACUCAUCAUCCAUUCUGGUGAUAUGGCCUGUGUGGCAAUUAACGUGUUCAAUCAGCAUGAAAUCCGUGUCGAAGUCAACCAAACGACAAACGAUAUAGACGGGCCCACAGAGCGUCCAGUUCAGUUUGGUCAAAAUAUUCACAGAGAACGGAAGCUUCUACCCCCAGUCACAUUACAAAUCCUCAAAAACAGUUUAAAGCAAUUAACCGAAAUGUUCCGCUACAAGCCCAUUCUGGCGUUUAUGCUAUUAAAUGGCAUUUUUGUGCCUGGCAGCGCACAAAAUUUGCUGGAUCGCCUCAGGCCCGCCAAUCUGACGGGCAUCGAUGACAUCAAAGUGGUGUCUGGCACAAAGGUGAAGCGCUACGAGCGCAUGACCGUGCCGCUGGGCGGCAUUGGUCCGGUGAUUGGUGGCAUUGGCGCUGCCGCGCUGCUCAGUCCGCUAUUGCAUCCACAGCCGGCAUACCUGGGCUACGCCUAUGUACCACAGUGGCAGGCGGGCGCCAAGCUCAUGGGCGAGGGCGAGUCGGCGUCUGCCGCCGGCAUGAUCAGCUUCCAGCAGCUGCCCUACAACAGCGACAUCCGGGUGACCAUCAAUGUGACCGGACUGCCGCCUGGCAAGCAUGCGCUGCACAUACAUACGUACGGCGACGUGAGCGAGGGUUGCAAGUCAACUGGCGGCCAGUUUCCCAAUAAUUUCCUGGGCAACCUAGAUGUCAAGGCAGACGGCAGCAUAUCGGCCGUAUUCAUGAGCAUUUACCUGCAGCUGUUCGGCUUUAAUGGCAUCGUCGGCCGCUCCGUGGUCAUACACAGUAAGCCAAUCGAUUUGAACACGGCGCUCAAUGCGGAGGUCUUCUCAUCCGCGCUGACGGUGCCCAAUGCGUUGGCAUAUCAGAACGAGGAGAUGUCAGUGGGUGCGCCCAUCGCAUGUGGGGUCAUCAGUCUGAUGAGCACAUCCAACACAGCCUCGAGCGGAUCCCCUCCGCCCACCAGCCCGCCAACACCACAAGGCGAAGCCUAAAUUUUUGAACAGCUAUUAAAAUAAUUCAUCAGCAAUUUUCAUAUUAAUUCACAAAUAAAUUAAAUAUAAUUU